CUCGUUAGAGUAAAAAGUUUUUAUUACUAUACUUAAUAGGUCACUUCUCGAGGGAAUUUUAUUUAUACGUUUCGUUCGUUCGUUCGCGCAUUCCUUUCUAUUGAAAUGGAAAAUAUUUCACCGUCACCCUAUAUAUCACGCAUGUAGUCACAGCAAUUUCUUUAUCGUAUUUUUACUAGCAAUCACAAGUUUUCUAAGUAAUCACGAGGAAGAAAGUAUUCCAUGAUUAGUCGUUGUUAGAAUGACGAUAGAAUGACGCCGUAAGUCUGUUCACAAGUAAUACGACCAAACAAACGAAAACAUGCGAGUCUUUUGGGUGGUUCUGUUUAUCUCUUUCUCUCCCCCCCUCUCUCUCUCUCUUUCCCUCUCUUUCUUUCCUCAUGUAAACUCACAACCAUAGCAGUAAACGUUGAUCAUCAUUAUCAUCAGCCACGGACAACGUGACCAACCAUAUUGUCGUCGUUCGUGUAUUUCGUCUAAUCAUGACGAUUAAUGCACGCGUGAUCCUUCCUUUCAAUUACAUAUGUACACCGUAGCAUGUCUUGACGAGAAGGAGAAGCUCUUCAACGGGGUUUUCGGCAGUCAAGGGUUCUCCAAAAUGGCGGGUGGUCAGCAGCUUCCCGAACAAUACACAGUACCACAAUUAGCAAGGGUCUUCCACAGUCUGCCACAUCUUAACGUCUCUCUUCAUUCGGUUAACAACACGUUCAAUCCACAUUCUGAGAUUUAUCUUGAGAGCCUGGGUAUCCUCGGGAGUAUUCCUGCAGCCUGGUUGAUCCUGACGUUACUGGUACUGUUGGUUUAUCUAGUAACGAGAUGCUGCGACCGGAAGCCGCGGCCCAGGAGGUCGAUAACCCUGCUGAAGUGUUCGCUGGCCAUCCUCGCGUUGCUCUGCUGCGGAGCGGUCGCCGUUGGCCUUUACGGCAACGACGACGUUCACAAUGGUUUGGUACAAUUAGUCGCGGCAGCGAAGAACGUCGACGGGAUCCUCAUGGGCGUGAGAAACCAGACAGACACCAUAGAGGCGACGUUACAAGAGAAAGUACAGCGACAGUUGACCGCUUUGGGGGACGAAUUUGAUGCACCUGUUAGCAACAAAACAAUGUUGGGUCUACUAUUGGUAGCAUUGAAUAGUAUGAAACAAAACACGAGCAUUGCCGUCAACCGAAGCUUCGAAAUACGAAAGCCAUUAAGCGGGAUCAGUCUUGCAGGAGCCAUUAGCAUGGGAGAAAAAAUCGAGCAACUGAGGUGGCCCAUUACUAUGGCGGUACUGAGUGCACUUCUUGUUCUUUGCGUUGUACUAGUAGUCGGAGUUGCUAGACACUCGAGAUGCGUUCUAAUUACAUUUUCUGUAUUUGGGCUAUUCGCGGUAAUAGUUUCUUGGUUGAUGGCCUCCCUUUACUUGGCAACGUCGGUUGCCCUCGGUGAUCUCUGUGUGUCACCGGAUGGUUAUUUAACUAGAUCGGUACCCUCCACUUUGGCCUCCGAGGUGCUCUCGUAUUACACGCAUUGCGAGAACACUCGCACGAAUCCUUUUACACAGAGACUAAGAGACGGACAACGAGCUGUAGAAAAUAUGAGGCUAAACUUGAAUACUGUUACGCGCUUAGCGAUAGAUCUCUUCAAGGAACAGCACGAUCAACUAAAGCCCAAGUUGAGUAGCCUCUCAACCGACGUUAACGCGGUCAAUAGACUCGUAUCUGGUCUAGCAACGUUACUAGACUGUAAGCCACUUCACAAGCAAUACGUUCAUGCUGCUAAAAGUUUGUGUCACCUGGGAUUAUACGGCCUUACCUUCAUGCUUCUUGCGAGUCUAGCCGCUGGACUAUUUUUCACUGUUUUGGUAUGGGUUGAUUCUCACACGUGGAUAUAUAUUCGCAAACGAAGAGAUUACCAUCAAGUGGAUGAACAAGAUCCAUAUUUGCCACCAUCGGCAGCAUCUCAAGCGAUAGCAGCUAGGACCCUUCGUGGCCAAGGGUCGUACCCGCCUACAGCCCCCUCUCUUAAUCCGAAUGCUCAUGGCACCCAUAAUACCAUUAAGCAGCCUCUAUUGCUAACGCCGCCCCCGCCGUCCUACGCUACUGCGACUGCUCGAGCACGUCAGCUGCACGAGAGCAUGUUAAAAGGUGGGGGUGUUAACGGGAGCGGAGGAGGCGGGGAUCACAAAUCGUCUCAGCAUAAUCAGCAGUCGACAGGUGGACGAACUGAGCACCGUUCUGGACUCGGAGAUCAACCUGGCCAGUACGCGACUUUGAGCAAGCAAUGCAAAACUUUAGAAUCUAGUGAUUUCUACUGAGGGCACGCCCCCGCAGGGUCUGGUAGAGAACCACCUUGGACACCAAGCGUGGCAUCCUUUACCGGUACUCUGUCUCACAAUUCACAUGGACCCGCACAUUUGGCGACUUUUCAAGAUUCGAGAAAAACUCAAACGUUGGAUCCGAAAAAUUUAGCCAAUUUAAAACGUGGUCCAACGCCAGCGUGGAACCAAAAUCGUCCUUUACCACCGAAUCCAGCAAACCAACCGAGUUGGGAGUUCGAGUCCCGAUCGCAAACUAAUAUGAAUCAAUUCCGAUCAUUAGUGAGGAACAAGGCACCUAACAUUCGCAUACAAGAUCAAAUGCAAGACCAAGUGAGAACUUUGGAUAGAAAUUUCACUCGUAGCCAGUUUAAUGGUACUGCGCAAAAUAAUGCUGUACCUAACAUGUACGGUACAUAUAACAGAGCACAUGGAAGACAAGAAAAACCAACGGUAGCUACGUUGAGUCAAGUACAGGGUAGUGAUCCUAAUCUAUACGCUGUUACGGAACUUUAAGCGACCUAUUAAUAACACCAAAAGAAAAAGAACAGAAUACAGGCAAAAUAAAAAUGACCAUUAUGAGAGAAAACGAAUAAAUACGGUCUAACAAAGCAAGGAAUUUCUUAGAAAAUGAUUUGAGUAAACGCUUCUGGAGUUCCUACAUGGAUGCUUGAACGAACGAGAUCUUUCGUUGAUUUAUGUAAAAAAAAAAAAGAAGUGAAGAAAUGUAAGAAGAGGAGAGGAAGAGUGAUCAAACAUGUCUCGGAUAUUAGAAAUUACAGAGGCGUGCUAUAUUAUAUAUAUACAUAUAUAUAUAUGUGUAUAUAUAUAUAAAAUUUUGUAUUUGUAUAUCAUGUACAGAAAAAAUAGGUCAAUCCUUCUACGUUAGUCCUUUUCCAACCGACGGCCAUUACUGUCUCUCUCUCAUUCGAGAUACGUGAUCUAGAAAAUCUUCGGAAAGAUCAUUAAUCCACGAAGAAAAUGAUAAUAUCCGGUGUAUAUAUAUAUGUGUGUGCGUAUAUAUAUAAUAUAUAUAUAUAUAUAUAUAUACAUACACACACAUGUAUAUAUAUAUUUGGUCAUUGCUAUUUUCAACUCAUGAUUUACAGGAAAGUAAAAGAAAAAACAAAAAAAAAUUUAUAUUCGAAUCGCAUAUAGAAAUGAGAAAGUGAAUUUUCAUAUGUUCUAAACUCUUAUCGAUAACAUCGAUCCACGAUAUCUAAUGUGAAGGAGAUACUAAAAGGACAAUUUUUUAUAUCUUUUUUAUAUUUUUAUUCAUGCGAUGUAUAAUGUAAAAUCCGUAUUGAUUUUUUGUGAAUCAUUCUGUAAACGAGUACGUAAUACGUGUGUGUGUGUAUAUAUAUAUAUAUAUAUGUAUGUAUAUAUAUAUAUAUAUGUACGUAUAAUAAAUAUCAAGUUACCGUACGAUAAAGAAAAAAAGAAAACAAAAAUAAAAAACGGAUCAGUGGUACAUACGUAUAUUUAUCAUCGUUAAUAUUUUAAGUCUGGAACAAAAUGCAGCACUAAAUGACGAAUCUGAAGAUUUUUACGAGCAACGCACUCCCAAAUGAGAAUUUUUAUUAAAUGAAUAAUUCGCGAUAUACUGCCAAUACUCAGGCGAAUAUAUAUAUAUAUAUAUAAAAAUAUAUAUACUUUUUAAGUACAAAUGUAACGGAAGCACACGCAACAUACACAAACGUGUCGAUCAACGACACGUUCUUUUUUCAGUUUUGAUACGACUAGUGCAAAGUUAAAAAUAAAUAAAUAAAUAAAUAAAUAAUAAUAAUAAUAAUAAUAAUAAUAAUAAUAAUAAUAAUAAUAAUAAUCGUCUGAUGUAUCAGCAAGUCGACACAUAACAAAAAAAGAGGAUUUCAAAUAUUAUAUAGCCUUUUGAAAUUUAUUUACCAUAAGGUAAAUAAAUAUACAUGGCCUUUUGUGUGGAAGUAUCGGAAGGGCAGAUCUUUCUUACGUGUUUUUGUUUUUCAAUCGUAAAGUAAUAAUAGUAAUAAUAAUUAAUAAUGAUUAUUAAUAAUAAUUAUAAUAAUAUUAAAGAAACAAGUAAAACAAACAAUACAUAUAUAUAUAUAUAUAUAUAUAUACAUACACGCACACACACGUACACAUAUACACAACCACACGAAUAUAUACAGACAGAAGAAUACUUAAGCUAUUGAAUUUUCUGCGGAGCGCAGAGUCUUCCUAUAAGAUGUUUAACAAGUCUAAACAAGACCUAAAUAAAUAAAAGAUUAAACGAUUUAAAUGAUAAGUUAUCAACGAAUCUGUGUAGAUGACUUUAUAUUCCGCAAAUAAUUCAGUAAACUUGUAAAUAAUAUAUUAAUUUGUUAAGAUAAUCGAGUAAAUGUGUAAAGUGUGAUAAUUUGAAUCUAGAUGUUACGAGUUUUAAAACAAAAACAUAACAAAUACACGUUAUUCUGUACCUUCUUAUUUCACCGAUUUUUCAAAAUAAAAAAGAGGAAGAUAGAGAAAGAGAGAGAGAGUGCCAUUUCAGGAAGAAAGAAAGAAAGAAAGAAAGAAAGAAACGUUCUAUCAUAAUUGUAAUUUCCAGAGUGACUUUAGGAUCUUAUCUUCGAUAUAAUUCGUAAAAACAUUACCAUUGCAAUAUUAAAUAUACAGAGUAGGUGUAAGAAAGGUGAAUGCAAAUAGCGAAAGUUUCAUCGGAUGUAAAUAAUUGUAAUAUUUAUUAAAGAGAGAAGAGAGAAUCGUAGCGCAUAGGAUAGUAACAUUUAGUUUAGUUGAACAUUAAUUAUAAGUAAUCGGCGAUUAAUAACAUUUGAGAAGCACAUGCACACACAUACACAUAUACACACAUACACAUACAUACAGCACGUACGCAAAUCCAAAAAACGAACUAUGCGUGCUGUUUAUUUUGCUGAUAGAAGGCAAAGUAUCCUAGUCACUAAAUAAAACUUGUGUACGUUCGUUUAAACGAUGAAAAGGAAACAGGAGAUGAAAGAUUUAAGGAAUAAAAUAAAAUAAAAAAUGUGAAAAGAAAAGAUCUUGCCAAAUUAACAAAGGAGCUCAAUUUUUCAAACGCAAAGAGAAAACAAAGAAAAAGAUACUAAAUUCUUUUAUCAAAUAAUUGUACUAUUACUACUAUUACUAUAUCUAAUACCAUUGAAGCUACAUUAGAUACGAGCAUCAGACACAGGCCCAUACCUUUCUUAGAUCUUUAAGGGGAGAGUAUUAUUCGUGAAUAAAUAAAACGUAAAGUGUAACACGACUUCGUUCUAAUUCAGUGUUCUGAGAUAUCACUGUAGUUUAAUAAUAAUAAUAAUAAUAAUAAUAAUAAUAAUAAUAAUAAUAAUAAUAAUAAUAAUAAUAAUAAUAAUAUUUGCCAACGAGUAAUUAUGAUAUUAGUUAUUUUGUAAAAAUUAUAUCUUUUUUUCGAAUUGUUUUUCAAUUAAUAUUAAUGUAAUUAAUAUCAAUUUACAUAUUUUUGUAUAUAUACAUAUAUAUGUGUGUGUGUGUAUAUAUAUAUAUAUAUUGACAAACAGUUUCAUUAGAGCUAAGCUUUAUUUUUUAAUUACGUGAAUUCAUAUUUAAUUAAAUUUUAUUCAUACAUAAUUAACUUAAUCGUGCAAAUCAUCCAUUUUUAAGUCUGUAGAGUUUGAAAUAAAGUUUCUAACUUUAAUAUGAAUUUCUAAGCAAGUUCAAAAUUUAUUUAAAUAUUCAAUCCUUAAAAUAUAUUCACGCGCGCGACGAUUGCCUUGAAUAAAGGGAAAAAAUGAGAUCUAUUAAUGAUAAUAGAUAUAAAUAAAUAAUGAGAAAAAACUCGGGCGAUAUCGAAGAACACUGAUUAUAAUAAUUUUAAGAAUAGUGACGAAAAACUUAGAGAAUGAAAAUCGUCUCUGUCGUUGAAGACUGCUGCAACACGCGCAAACGGGAUCAAAUACACAGAAUUGUCCAAGUUAACAAAAAAAAAAAAAAAAAUGUAAUACAAUACUUAAAAAAGAUCGAAAAACUCGAAUGUUUAACACAGUCCAAAAA